UCAAUGAAAACAAACGGGGAGCCCGGGGGGAAGGAAGGCAGGCGAGGAGGAAGGAGUUGCCGGGGCACGGAAGGGACCAGCCGGGGCGCGGAGACGCUAGCGGGGGGCCGGCUGCGGUUACUGUUCUGUCGCCGCCGCCGCCCUAGCUCUGCCGGGGAUGUCUGAGUCCGCGCAUCACGGCCCCCGAGUUCCACGCGGCGGCCGUCGUCCCGGCCUCUAAGGGCCCGCCACGUACCCGUGGCGCGCGCGCGGGCUGAGGGGGGCUCGGGGCCGCCCGGGGAAGGGGCCCGGCGGGCCGGGAGCGGCUGUCCAGGCUCUGCGCUCGCCCCUUCACCGCGGCCGGCGUCGGGCCAGGAGGAUGAGCGGCGCCGGGCUGUGAAGCAUGGAGGGGGUUCUGUACAAGUGGACCAACUAUCUCACUGGUUGGCAGCCUCGUUGGUUUGUUUUAGAUAAUGGAAUCCUGUCCUACUAUGAUUCACAAGAUGAUGUUUGCAAAGGGAGCAAAGGAAGUAUAAAGAUGGCCGUUUGUGAAAUUAAAGUCCACUCAGCAGACAACACUCGAAUGGAAUUAAUCAUUCCAGGAGAGCAGCAUUUCUACAUGAAGGCGGUGAAUGCAGCCGAAAGACAGAGGUGGCUGGUUGCUCUGGGGAGCUCCAAAGCCUGUUUGACUGAUACUAGGACUAAAAAAGAGAAAGAAAUAAGUGAAACCAGUGAAUCUCUGAAAACCAAAAUGUCUGAACUUCGCCUCUACUGUGACCUUUUAAUGCAGCAAGUUCAUACGAUUCAAGAAUUUGUUCACCAUGACGAGAAUCAUUCAUCUCCCAGCAUAGAGAACAUGAAUGAGGCCUCUUCUCUACUUAGUGCUACAUGUAAUACGUUCAUCACAACGCUUGAGGAAUGUGUGAAGAUAGCAAAUGCCAAGUUUAAACCUGAGAUGUUUCAGCUCUCCCAUCCGGAUCCCUUAGUUUCUCCUGUGUCACCUUCUCCUGUUCAAAUGAUGAAGCGUUCUGUCAGUCACCCUGGUUCUUGCAGUUCAGAGAGGAGUAGCCACUCUGUAAAAGAACCAGUGUCUGCACUUCACCGACUCUCCCAGCGACGCCGAAGAACCUACUCAGAUACAGACACUUGUAAUGAUGUGUCUCUUGAAGACCCAGAGAGGCCUCUUCACUGUUCAAGAAAUACACUUAAUGGAGAUUUGGCAUCAGCAACCAUUCCCGAAGAAAGCAGACUAAUGGCCAAAAAAAAAUCCGAAUUGGAAGAUCCUCUUUCAUCCUUCUCUUCCUGAGGAAACAGAAGUGUCCAACUUCCUCUAAGUAUUGCUAUGCAAAAGCUGCUGUAAUUAAACUAUGUUAUAGGGAGUAGUUUUUCCCUUAGGAUUUCUCUGCACUUUAUAGUAUAUUGUAAAACAAACAAAAACCACAUACCUUUGAAGUGUAUUUUAUCUUUAUAUAGUUUAUUUGCAAGAGUAUUUUCCUAAUAACUUCACAGUAUGAAUGUGCAUCUUUUUUUCUUUUUAAACAAAUGAUGGUGUAACAUUUUGACAUCCAUAAGGACAAAUGUAGAUAUUUUUCUAAAAAACUGUGAGGGACUGACAACUUAGUCAGUAUAUUGUAGCUUAUAAACAUGAGAUCUUAUAAACGUAAGGUUUCAGUUUGACAGAAGUGUGAUAUAUGUAACUUGUGCCAUGGACCAAAUGGUCACUUUCCCCCAGCUGAAAAUGAGUUACGAUAGCAUCUUGAUGGUGACUGCACUGUAUUCCUUUAAGCAAAAAGGAAACAUUUACUAUUCUAAAUAUUUUUAGCCCAAAUCCCAUGACACUGAGGAUUUUUUACAAACCAGAUCGUGCUGUCCUUCAUAUGUGAAGUCGACACUACUGAUUUGUCAAUACCAAAUGUUGGGUUAAAGUAUUUAAUUUUUAUUUAUUUAUUUUUCUGUUGCAUCAAACAAUGACCUACCAAAUUUAAGAUGUGUAUACAUUGGUAUUUACACUGUUCUAGAAAAGAGGUUAAUGUUGUAGUGACCUUGCUCACGUCCACCAGAGAAAUAAAUGACUUUCAAUGGAAGAGGAUUUUAGUGCUUUUUUUCUCCUAAAAUAGACAUUAAGCUGCAGUUUUAAGGUAUUAAUGUUUGCAGCUCUUUAGAAUAUCUAGAGACAUUUUUUAUUUAUAAAUAUUUAUACAAAAAAGGAAUUCUCUCAAGGAAACUGUUCUAUAUCACUUAUUUGAGAAUGGCAUUAUUUAAUUAAAGAACAAAUAGCAUUUUUUUGGUAGUUUCUGUUCAUAUCUAUUGUCAGUGUUUGCCUUGUAAACUGUUUUUUUAGUUCACUCUGGAGUGAUGGUUUUGUUCAAGGUCUUGAAUGAGGAGCACUUUAAAACAAACUGGUUUGGUGUUUUUAAGUUAAUAAUGUGUUUAAUAAAUAUGUGGUUUUUGCAUUCAAACUUAUCAUAUAAUACAUUGUAUUUUUUUUUUUACAUUUGUUGAUAUUCUGUCUAAUUUUUAUCAGGUUUUAAUAGUAUUCAUUAUUGCUUUGAUUUUGUUUGUAUAUUUAGACCUCAUAGUGAAAACACUAAUGAGGCAUAUUUUUUGUUUUGUUGCCUAUGAACUUAAAACAGGGUGGCUUAUUUCACUUUAAAAUUUUCUUGUAUGCUUAUGUGAGAAUUUUUUUUAAAAGUCAAUAUUUGGUAUUUACUAAAGUAAAUCUGUAAUUACAGGCUUUCUCCCUUAAGUUUAGAAUGGACUCAUGCAAUCUAUAAUCGUUAAUAUGCAUUUAGAUAAACUGGAUGCUACUUAAAAGUAUUUGUGAUUUUAAAUAGCACAGAGGUCAUUCGACUGUAUCGAGUGGAACCUUUUUCUGCUCAGAGGUUCUUCAUAUGUCCUAUUUGAGAAAAAAGUUUGGUAAUGUAGUAAGUUUUCAUACUGAGUAAAUAGAUUUUUUAAUUUCUUUUUUGCUUGUUUUUUGUUGUUGUUGUUUUUUAUUUUUUUUUUAUAGUAAGAACUUGUAUAGUGAUAAGACCAUGAAGUUCAAGGUGCUACUGAUAGGGAGUUUUUCUGGUAGUUCUUUUUUGAACCGAUAGGUUUAUAAUGAAAACACUAUAACAAGGUUUUGAACUCCUGGAAAAUAAAUUCAUUUUAUAUUGCUUUAUCCAAAAGCUGAGUUCCUGAACAGUUUUCUGUAAAUAUUUUAAAAAAUAAAAUGCAGUCAUUUCUGGUA